ACGCAGUGGAAUGCUCAAUUUAACCGUCGACCUGUUUGGAGAAUCAAUUAAUGUAUUUGAGGUGUCGGGACGUCUGGAGGGCUUCGAGCACUACUUGGAGUCGAUCUUCGGACCUCGGGGGCCGCUGAGCAGCCGCAAGGUGAACGACAAGCUGGAGGAUGCCCUAAAGCGCGUACGACUGGCCCGCGACGUCAACAACAACCUGGUGGACCAGGUGGACAGCAUACCCAACGUCAUUGACAACAACUUCAACCACCCCAAGGCGUCUCUGGGGCUGAAAGUGUUCGGCAACGAGCUGCGCUACCACACGCUGGAUGGUGACGACGAGGUGGCCGACGCACUCAACAAAGUCAACCCCGUGCGCUUGCUGCAGCAACUGCUCUCCGGCCAGGAGAUCAACUACAACAAGGCGACCAUGUUCAUGGACGCGGACUACGUGGUGCCGACGGGCGGCGGGCUGCCUCUCAGCCUCAAUGCCUUCGGCACCGCCGCCGUCAGCCUCAAGAUGUCGGGUUCCCUCAAGGGAGGCAACUUCCUGCAGACCGGCGAGCUGGACGUCACGGGCAACAUCAGGCCGAGCGUGGCGGUGAACGUGGUGGGCACGAUGGGUGUGGACGCGUACUACAGCAGCGCGGGCAUCCGCCUCAAGACCAACUUGUACACGUCGUCGGCGGUGGACGCCCAGCUGAAGGUGCGUGGCAAGCGCCUCGUGUCGCUGGCCUUCAACCUGCCGAAGGACAAGAUCGAGAUCAUCACUGCCGAGUCGGAGCUGCUGGUGCUGGCCGGGGCGGGCGCGGUGGAGCUGCCUCAGCGGGGCGACGCCCGCGGCCGCGUCGAGCGCCGCUUCUGCAGCUGGCCCGCGCUUGACCAGACGCUGGGGCUCAACUUCUGCGCCGACCUGCAGUUCCCCAACGCGUCGCACCGCGCCGACGCGCCCGGCUUCCUGCUCAACGGCCCCACGCGCUUCUCGCUCGCCUUCCAGAAGGCCGACCUCACCGCCAACAAUGUGGUGAGCUUAGUAUUUGAUACACCAGGAUCAGCGCAAAAACGUGAACUUAGCGCACGUCUUCACCUUGAUAACAAUACCAACAAUUUAACUCUACUUAUACAGUCAGCUAAAGUAAAAUAUGAAGCUUUGGGAAGGUAUAAAAAUACAGAAGGUGACAAACAUAUUCUCUUUGAGUUAAAUAUAAAUGACAAGAAACAUGUUGAUAUGGAACUGAGUUUAAAGACAGAGAAAAUAACUAAUGGAUUCAAAUAUUUACCAAGAUUAUAUUUAGAAAUCAACAGUACAGGGAUUGCUGAACUUUCUGGAACAUUACAGUUAAUAGAAAAGAAGGGUGUUUCACAAUGCGAUGUGAAUCUGGAAUUUAAAACUCGUAAACUCGAAUCACAGUUGACAGGGUAUGUAAAACGUGGAGAAGCAACAGUGCAACUUUAUUUGAAACUUAAUUACAAAUUCCAAAAUGCAACAGAUGAAACAGUUACAUUAGAUGCCUCAUUUACUCAUCGUCAUUCAAAAUCGUACACCCGUGCAGAAGGAGAGAUAAAAAUAAUAUCAUCUGCUUAUCCAAAGUACAACUUUAAAUCUUCACUACAUUACCAA